GGAGGAGGAGGAGGAGGAGGAGGAGAAGGAGGAGGAGUAAAUCAGUGUCGGAGACUCUGACGCGGAAGAAGACGUCGUCUCUGAGGAGGAAGAGGAGCCAGAAUGAAAGCAGAAGCUCGGCAGCACUUGUUGAUCCGCGACUCUCUCCAGACCUGAAGCCGGUCUCAGGUCUCAGGUCUCAGGUCUCUGGUCUCUGGUCUACAGGGCUCUGGUCUACAGGGCUCCGGGCUCCUCCCUCGCCGCUUCCUGGACUUUUCCUCCGGGUUCGUUCCGGCCUGACUGACUGGAAACAUCAUCCGCUCGGUUCCCACCGCACUUCACGCUCAUCGCUGAGCUCCAGAGGAUCAAUACAUCAUUUAUUCCUCCAGCUGGGCCGCUCCGGAGACCGGGGGGGACCAGGGGAGACCAGGGGGGACCAGGCGGGGACCAGGCGGGGACCAGGCGGAGCUCUGCGCCCCCUCCUCCCGCUGCGCCGCCGGGUGGCACCGCUGUCUCCGGACGGAGCCACCGACAGAGACGACGUCGAGAAACGGCUGAAAACCUCCACCUCCCUCCCUCCCUCCCCCCUCCGGAGCUCCAGCUGUGCUUCCAGAAGGUGGAUGCUCGAUUAAUAUUUCAGGGGCUGGAUGUGUAGCUAGACGCAGAGGCGGGGGUUCUGCUGGAGCUACACCGACCUCGGCGCCCUCUCUCCGGGCUGCACCGCUGGCUCCAGCCGGGGAGGAGGUGGGGGGGAUGUCUCCACCCCGGAGGACGCCACAUCCACUGUGAACUCAUCUGCGUGGAUCACACACUCUCAGCCAGGUGGUUCGGGCUCUGUUUCUGUUUUUCUGCCGGAUUAAAAACAAGGGGAGGGGAGGGAGGGAGGGAAACACACCGACCACAGCGCCCUCUCUCCGGGCUGCGCCGCCGCGUCCUUCCCGGUGGGAUGUCUCCUCACCGGGGCUGGAAAACCUGCUAGAAACCCGGGCUUCCACCUCGGUCUGUGUGCGAGGACAUGGCGGACAGCGGCCGGUCCAGACCAGCGGAGCCUGACGGCGCAGAGAGCCGGACAUCGAGCCCUGUGGCCGGGAAGAAGAGGGCGCAGCAGUCCCCGGCGCCCCGGCCCAAGUACCCGAGCUCCGGGCCCGGACACUGCUUCAAGAGGGUCACGCUGACCAAGCCCACGUUCUGCCACAGCUGCAGCGACUUCAUCUGGGGGCUGCUCGGCUUCCUGUGUGAAGUCUGUAACUUCAUGUGUCACGAGAAAUGUCUGAAGACGCUGAGGACGGUUUGUUCCUGUUUGACGCCGACGUCGGUUCGGGUGCCGGUGGCUCACUGCUUCGGUCCGGCCGGUCAGAAGAAACGUUUCUGCAGCGUCUGCAGGAAACAGACGGAAGGAAGCACGGCGCUGCGCUGUGAAGUGUGUGAGCUCCACGUCCACGCCUCCUGCUCCGCCUUCACCUGUGCCGACUGUCGCUGUUGUCACCUGGACGGGACCCUGGAGCAGGACUCGUUCCACCACCACUGGAGGGAGGGGAACGUGGGGGCGGCCUCCAGGUGUGAAGUGUGCCGCCGCUCAUGCGGCUCCUCAGACGUGAUGGCUGGAACCAGGUGUGAAUGGUGCGGCGUCACGAGCCAUGUUGGCUGCUACCCCAGCCUCCCUGCUCGCUGCGCUGUGAGCCGCCUCAGCUGCAUGAUGCUGCAUCCGUCCUGCGUUCGCCUCCACUCCAGGAACUUCAGCAAGAUGCACCUGUACCGGAUCACAGAGACCUGCAGCCACGACCUAGAUAACGCAGAUGAUGUCGAUGUGACGCCGUCGUCGGCCUCUAAAGAUUCUCAGCCGGCGGCUACAGAGUCAGGUAAACAGUUCCUCAAGGUGUUUGACGGUGACGAUGGAAUCAAGCGUGGCUGCUUUCGAUUGGUCCACAUCCUUCGAGCCACAAGGAACGAGGAAGUGGUGGAGGCAGCGUUGAGGGCCUUCUACCUCCCAGACGACCCGAGCGGCUUGGAGCUGAUCGAGGUCGUCCGACCACAGAGUCUCCACAGCGAGGACGUCCUGAACCGCAACGGUGGGACGGACAACAGGAACUCCCUGAAGGACGGAGGAGAGUCCUGGGUCCUGAGAACCAGACCCAGGAGCUCGGAGGAUGUGAAGGUUUACGCCGGCUGGUCCAGGUCGGAUUCAGCGUUCGUCACCGUCUCGGUCUCAGAGAACGACACGGCAGCUUCUGUCCUCGCUGACGUCCUCGUCCAGCUGGACAGAAAGGAUGAAGAUGUGUCAAACUUCAGUCUGAUGGAAGUUUACAUGAACAGCAAACAAGUGCAGAGACAGACGCUGACUCCUCAGGAGAAGAUUCUGGACAAACUUCAGGAGAUCAGGAAGGUGUCGCUGUGUCAGAUGAACCAGACUCGAUUGUACGUGGUGGAGAACAGGAAGCAGGAAGUGGAGGUGAGCCUUCUGAUUGGAGGAUUCCCCACCCUGCUGACCCAAGAGGAGUACGUCCAGCUGAUCCAGGAACAUCUGGACAUCAAGAGUCACCUGGUCAACAUCAGCCACGUCUACGGCAGCCAAGGUGCGGUGGCGUUGCAGAUCUCAUGUUUCUCUGAAGCAGAGAGGAUCUUCAUGUUGGCUAAAGACACUUCCAUCAACAACAAGACGCUCAGUGCUCUGGUGAUACCGGACAUCACGCUCAGUAAGUUGGGAGAAGACGUGGUUCCUCUGCUGGUGUUUGUCAACCCAAAGAGUGGAGGUCUGAAGGGGAGGGAGCUGCUCUACAACUUCAGGAAGCUCCUCAACCCGCAUCAGGUCUUUGACAUUUGUAACGGAGGACCGCUGGCUGGCCUCCACACCUUCAGGGACGUCCCCAGGUUCCGGGUUCUGGUCUGUGGGGGUGACGGGACAGUGGGCUGGGUCCUGGGAGUCCUGGAGGCCGUGAGGCACAAACUGGUCUGUCGAGAGCCCCCCAUCGGCAUCGUACCUCUGGGAACAGGUAACGACUUGGCCCGAAUCCUGCGCUGGGGGCCCGGUUACAGCGGAGAGGACCCCCACCACAUCCUGGUGUCUGUGGACGAGGCCGACGAGGUUCUGAUGGACCGCUGGACCAUCCUGCUCGACGCCCAGGACAUGUCAGAGGACGGAAAGGACAACGGGUUUCUGGAGCCCCCCAAGAUCGUCCAGAUGAACAACUACUUUGGCCUCGGUAUCGACGCAGAGCUGAGCCUCGACUUCCACCAGGCCCGCGAGGAUGAACCCGACAAGUUCACCAGCAGGUUCCACAACAAAAGUGUGUAUGUGAAGGUGGGUCUGCAGAAGAUCAGCUACACCAGGAGUCUCCACAAAGAGCUGCAGCUUCAGGUGGACGCUCAGAACGUCCCGUUACCCAACAUCGAGGGGCUGAUCUUCCUCAACAUCCCCAGGUAA